AUGCAUUUAUACGGCUACUUUGUGCUCCUCAUUGCCGUGGUUCUUUUCAUUGCAUUAUUGCCUUUGUUUUCUGGUAUUGGAAAAUUCAAGUUGACUAAACCGAGCUCAUCGGUAAAAGCGCAAUCACCAACAGGAAAGCUAGGUAAGAGGGAGUAUUUAAAGAGCAAGCUUAACCACACCAAUGUGCUGAAGUUCGACCUAAAUGGCGAGAAAGAUGGCUCUGGCGAUGAUAGCACAGGUGUUUCUUCUGAUUUGAGAAAAUUUGAAGUUGAUUCAAAAACAGGUUUGAAAAGACGCGUGAUUGGACAAUAUAACCAGGACCCCAAUGAUUUUGAUUUUGAUAUCAAUGACUUGAUCGUUGAAGAUGAACUAGAUGAACAAAGAGAAGAAGAGAAAAAGCUGAAAAAAUAUAACGGUAAGAAAAACCAAGCUUACGAAGGAUUUGUAUGA